AUGCCUACGGUGACCGUGAAGUAUAACUUUCAACCCUUUAAGUGCCAACUACCAUCGAAUCUUACACUGAACGAUGUACUGCACCAAUCUUUGCAAUUUUUCAAACUGCACACUUCGCCUAAUGAAUGGACGUUAGUACAUUUGGAUAAGCCUGUGCCAUUGGAUCUGCCAUGGAGACUGCUGAACCUACCAAUGGGCGUCAACCUAGAACUGUCGAGAAAUGCUGAUUUUUCGGUGGCAAAUAACACUAAUCGUAGCAAUAUGCCACCAAGCACAAUCAAGAUACGGUUUCAAAUCUUAGGAAGCAAUUCGGUAAUAGAAGAAAUCCCAUCCAAUCAACCGAUGGCUCCGAUCCUGCAAAAAAUCAGCGGUGCUGCAGAAAAUGAUUUCAAGAUUCAAGUUUUUUCCAAGACUAUUGCCUAUAAAACCAUUAAAGAUGAUAAUCUUACUCUUGAGGAUUUAGGGAUCCAAGAGCCUUCCUCAAUAAGAUUACUUCUUUCCAAUUUAAGGUCCGCUGAAGAUAACAACACCGAUAGUACUUCUCCCCCUAAACAAACUUUAGCCACCAUGACAACCCCAGAAACUAUGACCGUAUCGGCACCUCAUGAACUUCACAAACCUUCCGUAUUCGUACCUUCGAAUGAACCACUGGCACUCAUUAACGAUCAGAUCGGAAAUGAAGAAGACUACGAAUUAACAGUAGAACAAGCGAAAAGAUAUCAAAAAAUGCUAUCUUUGAAGGCCGGUACUCUAGGCGGUCCUAUCCUAACAAAAAGACUCAGAGAAGAAUCUGCCAGAAGCUUGUCGACAAAAAACAGGACCAUUUCUGAGUGCCUCUUAAGAAUUAAGUUUCCUGAUAGGAGCCACAUUGAAAUAGCGUUCAAGCCGGAUGAAGAUAUGCAUACGGUUUAUAACGUCGUAUCGCAGUUUCUAAUCGAUGAGAAAAUGAACUUCACAUUAAAUCAGUCACAUCCUUUCAAACCCUUACCCAAAGACGAUCGAAAACUAGUCGAUGAUUUGUCGUUUGGUUCCAAAACAAUGCUUCUUUUUGAGACAAAUUCAAAUUUCACUGGCCCCUUGAUAAAGCAUAACCUAUUUAAAGAUGCGCAAAAAAUUUCACACCAAACCAUGGUAAACCCACCAACACACACCACAGAUAAAUCUAAUCUACGGGACGCCUCUGAGGGCACUCCAAAGAUCAAAAAGACACUGAACAAAGUACCUAAAUGGAUGAAAUUGAGCAAAAAAUAA